AUGGACGUGAACAAGCGGGUUGCCUGGGAGGCAGCCUUGCAGCAGUUCGGCAACAAGAGGAGAUCUUUGGACAAGGUCCUCGAGGAAUUCCGCGGCGUGGUGAUGAGUUAUAGAAGCUAUGUGAUCUCCUACCUCCAACUGCAAGUCGAUGUGCGCGCGAUGGAGGUGAUCGAUGCGUGGAGGGGUGUGGCGCCCAUCGAUCGCGUCAAGGCUGAAAGGCCAGACCUGUUCAAGCAUGGGCCGGUCAAGAAGCCUGUGGCCAUCGGCAAGAACUGGGAGCGACAGGGCACCUGUCCCGAUUGCAAAGUGGAGCCCAUGAACGGCUGGGGCAACAUGUACUGCCCAAAGUGUGGCCAUGCCGAUGCCAUGGUCCGGGCUUGCCUGGCCAACAACAAGCACUACGACUUGCACAAGCUGCCCACGCUGGACAAGAUCGUCUGCUUGCUAGGCACGAGCAUGACGCCACCGGGGCCACAGCAUGUUCGCAUCCUGCCUCAGGCUGUUGAGAUGUGCGCCCCCUUAGGGUUUGGGGUUUAG